AUGAAAAGAGAUAAUAAAAUGGAUAGAAAUGUAAAGAAUAGAAAUAUAUUAGGUUUUGAAGAAGAAGAAAACUUUAAAAAUAGUUUAAAUAAUUAUGACAGAGGUGGUAAUGACCAAAAAAUAAACUCAGAACAAUUAUUUUUACAACAAAAUGAUCAAACCAUUGAAGCAAUGAAUCAAAAAGCAAAUAUUUUAAAAAGAGUAGUUUUAGAUAUUGAAUCACAAGUUCAAGAAAGUAAUUCACUUUUAGAUAAUUUAAACGCAGAUAUGUCAGGUGCACAAGCAUUACUUUCAGGUACAAUGAAAAAAUUAACAGAUUUAUCAAAAACAGCAACAAGUAGUCAUAUGAUGUAUUUAAUUUUCUUUUUCCAAGUAAAUAAAUUGGCUUAUAUAAAAGAAAAAAAAAAAACAGAAUUAAAAAAUAGAAUUAAAGAAUUAAAAAAAGAAAAUAUAUGUACUUAA